UGCCUCUUGCAUCUUGUGGGCAGCAACAUCGUCGUAUAGGUACUUGUAGGCACUCAUCAGGCUCCGCAUUAGACUGGUCAGUGUUACACAUCUGCACUUGCACAAUUAGAUUUAUGUAUACGUAGAUCCAGUGCCUGUUUAUAAGCCUACCAAGAGCACAAAACCCCUUGUUUGGGCAUUUCUAGUUGUAAUACCUAACUCAUAGUGUCAUUCCCAUGUCCUGUAGCUGAGAUGCCCUCCUCCGUUGUGCCAGCGGAGCUGGGCAGACAACCCUCUUGUUCUGGGGCCUCAUCUCCAAGCUGGUGUGCUGGGGAGGAGGCUAUGUGCUCCAUGUGUGGGCUGGCCUGUUUGUCAGUUCACCAGAGAGAAAAACAGCGAUGGUUGUGCCCAGCUUGUGCCUGACAGCUCUUCCCUUUUGCUGUGGAAUUCCUUGAGGCACGUUACUUGUACUGGACCUAACCGCUCUGUCAGCCUCGAGGCGUUUCACGGUUGCUUCAGUUUCAGUGUUUGGCUAGAACGAACAAAUCAAAAGUGAACAAAUCGCUUCAGCACGUUAUGGUUAGCUGAACUGAAGCAGCUAUCUUGUGCCUGUGCUCUGACUGACCACCCCUGCUUGUUCAUCUCUGGACGGCUGCACUCUGCCAACAAAUAUUUCUAAAUGUUUAUAACUUAACCAGUAAAAUUGCUGUGCUGCUGCCAGCAAACAAUAGUGUGAUACAAACAAUAUGUGCUUUUUUUUUUUUUUUUCGUCAGGGCAUUACUCUUCCAUGGAAAGUGUUAGGCUGCUGCCUACAGACUAACACCGGAUGAUGCCAUGAAUGAGGCACUUCCUUCAGCUUCCUUACAGCUGGAAAGGUACCUCACUUGCAGCAGCAAUAGGGAAUGUUCUAAGCACACCGCACCAUAACCCGCCUGGCCAAUUGCUGCCACCCGAGUUGUAACUGCACGGAACACAGAGCUGUCAGCCAUGCUGAGACCUAGAGCGGAAAUGUGUGUGGUUGCCUCAGUUCACUUCCUGCUCUUUCUGAUGCUUGAGGAGUUCACGUUUACUAAGGGGCACGGGUACCUUAAAAAUAUUCCAGAAGAACAGAAGUCCUGCAUCUGAAGAACAGAUGUAACUUAGGUUUUUAUUUUAAAAGUUUCUUACAAGAGUCAGUCGGCUUCCUCCAACACCAGUGCCCAGGAGCAGAAAUCGCAGGGAAGAUGAAAAGGACUUAGCUGCAUUUUAGGACUGACCCUGAUGGGCUGGAUUUUGUCUUGGCAGGAGUAUUUGAAGAUUGACGCUGAGAAAGACAAAACAGCCAAUGGCUUCAGAAUCCUCGGUCUCUGAGCAGGGAAAGCAACAUCUGAUGAAGGGAAGAAGGCGGCCACAGCAGCAGCAAACAAGAUCUUCCAACGGUGACGGUGAAGAUGACAUCUUUGUCUUUGAGGCGAAUGAGGCUUGGAAGGAUUUUCACAGCUCUCUUCUUCACUUCUUUGAAGCCGGAGAGCUCUGCGACGUGACGCUGAAGGUUGGUACAAAGCUCAUCUCCUGCCACAAACUGGUGCUAGCGUGCGUUAUACCUUACUUCAGGGCCAUGUUUCUUUCGGAAAUGGCUGAAGCCAAGCAGACUUUGAUUGAGAUCAGGGACUUUGAUGGUGAUGCAGUAGAAGACCUCGUGAAGUUCGUGUACUCCUCCCGGCUUACACUGACUGUGGACAACGUCCAGCCACUCCUGUAUGCUGCCUGCAUCCUUCAGGUGGAACUGGUGGCAAAGGCGUGCUGCGAGUACAUGAAGCUGCACUUUCAUCCCUCCAACUGCCUAGCGGUCAGGGCGUUCGCAGAGAGUCACAACCGCAUUGACUUGAUGGACAUGGCCGAUCAGUACGCCUGCGAACACUUCACUGAGGUGGUGGAAUGUGAAGACUUUGUGAGAAUCUCACCUCAGCACCUGCAUAAGCUCUUGUCCUCCAAUGACCUGAACAUUGAAAAUGAAAAGCAAGUUUACAGUGCUGCUAUCAAGUGGCUGCUAGCCAAUCCCCAGCAUCAUGCUACGUGGCUGGAUGAAAUACUCGCACAGGUACGACUGCCUCUCUUGCCCAUUUGUUUCCUUAUGGGUGUUGUGGCAAAGGAAGAGAUUGUCAAGCAGAAUCUAAAAUGUAGGGAUUUGCUGGAUGAAGCAAGAAACUACCACCUUCACCUGAGCAGCAGGGCAGUGCCAGACUUUGAAUACUCCAUUCGCACAACACCAAGGAAGCAGACUGCUGGUGUGCUGUUCUGCGUCGGUGGUCGAGGAGGAUCAGGCGACCCAUUUCGCAGCAUUGAAUGUUACUCUAUAAAUAAGAACAACUGGUUCUUCGGCCCUGAAAUGAACAGCAGGAGAAGACACGUGGGUGUCAUCUCCGUGGGAGGUAAAGUCUAUGCAGUAGGUGGACAUGAUGGAAAUGAACACUUGGGAAGCAUGGAAGUGUUUGAUCCUCUCACAAACAAGUGGAUGAUGAAGGCAUCGAUGAACACAAAGAGGAGAGGAAUCGCUCUUGCCUCCCUCGGCGGCCCCAUUUACGCAAUAGGAGGCUUAGAUGACAACACGUGCUUCAGCGAUGUGGAAAGAUACGACAUUGAGUCUGAUCGAUGGAGUGCGAUAGCGCCCAUGAACACUCCCAGGGGAGGAGUUGGCUCCGUAGCCCUCAUGAACCAUGUUUACGCAGUGGGUGGCAACGAUGGUGUAGCAUCUCUUUCCAGUGUGGAGAAAUACGAUCCCCAUUUGGAUAAGUGGAUAGAAGUGAAAGAGAUGGGCCAGCGGCGAGCUGGCAACGGUGUCAGCGAGCUCCACGGUUGCUUGUACGUCGUUGGUGGCUUCGAUGACAACUCCCCACUGAGCUCUGUGGAACGCUUUGAUCCGCGCAGCAACAAGUGGGAAUAUGUCGCAGAGCUUACAACUCCAAGGGGUGGAGUCGGCAUAGCAACACUGAUGGGGAGAAUUUUUGCAGUGGGAGGUCACAACGGCAACGCAUACCUGAAUACAGUGGAAGCAUUUGAUCCCAUAGUGAACAGGUGGGAGCUCGUUGGCUCUGUGUCGCACUGCAGGGCUGGGGCAGGCGUGGCUGUGUGCUCCUGCCUCAGUAGCCAGAUCCGUGACGUGGGCCAAGGAUCCAGCAACGUUGUUGAUUGCAUGUGAGCUCUGCUGCCUCCUCCAAACUCCAGAGGACUCAUUGUACAGAGGCACUACAGAGCUUUUAAAUUUGGUGUUUUGUGUGGUAGGUUAAGAAAUAAACACUAUACAUUUUCUCCGUGAAAAUGUUACCUUCUGUGACUUUCAGGCUUCGGGUGGCUUUCUGACAAUAGCUAUACAGAAAAGCCUGUGAAAACACGGAAUAACAGUGUGACUUACAGGAGAAAACCUGCCAAGAGCUGUAAUCAUCCCAUCUUCGAGAAGCUGCAAUUUCAGAGUCACUGGAGGCAGCUGCUGCAGCGACUUGUUAUUGAACUGUAAACCAUGGAAGGCAUGGGAGGGUGAGGAAGAGAGAGCAGCAGGCAGCGCUGCCUAAGCCUUACCCAACAGCCCUGCUGCAUGUUUCUGAAGGACCAGAGUGCUGUUUAUUAAUGUAACUUAUUUUCAGGAUUCAAGUCUUAAGCAUUUCCUAAUUGUAGAAGAGCUCUGAAACACAAAGCCUUUCAAGUUUUAGAAAGUAACGACAUCGGUGUUUCUCAUGAUGCUAAUGAGUACAGAAGUUAACUGCACAGCUCCCAAGGGACUGCUGGCUGUGGUGGGAACUGCAGGUAGUCUUUCUCAGGCCCACACACUUGUUAGAAAGCUGAAAUUUAGCUUCACCCUGAAUUCAGUCACUGGACUACUCAAAUUAUUUUAUCCUCAGUAAAGUCUGUAGCAGUGACACCCUCCAUAAGACAAAUUUCUAUGGAGAGAUCAUUCCCAAAGUAACCAAUGUAAUUUGGCCUUCUGGAGCUGCAUGCCAAAAUGUAGGCUUCAGUGGUCUCAGAAUUACCCUUUUCAGACUAAAGGGAAACCUAAUGAAGUUGCAGUGCUCGGUUAAGACCUUUAAAUGUAGCUCCAGGAGAUGACACGUCCAAUUUCAGUAUCCAGUAACAACUCUGGGGUAAUAGUAGGGGUGCUGGCUCUUUUAAGACCAUUCAGCUAGAAAGAUCUCUCCUCAAAGCAGUUUCAUGGCUUAAAGCUUAAAUAAACCAAAGAGAACCAGCAGCAAGAACAAGUGGAAAUAAGCAGUGCUUACCUUAAAGACUAAAACAGGAACUUGACACUGCUCUGGGCAGACAUCGUGUUACACAGACACAAACCUUGAAUUUGAGGUCAAGUCUGGCUGGAAAGACCAUAGUGUCCUGGUCUGCAUCACCGCCAACAGGCCAAGAGUGACGCCCCGUGGAGAGCAGGGCCCCACGGUGCCACCGUGUUGAAGGAACCAGGGAGCGCAGCAAACUUCUGUGCCUUCAGUACCAGGGAAGAGGUGCGACCGCACCAGCAUAAAAGCACAGCCACCUUUUACUGUUAUAUUACCAUCAUUUAGCUUUUCAGUUUCAAACAGCUUGCACGUGGGUAGCACCCAGGGACAUAACAAAUGGUACUGUAAAUAAUUAAACACUGCAAUAAAACGUUUGUACUUCA